AUGAAGGGGUGUAUGCUUAACAGGGUUGAAGAUCUGGAGAUAUUGGUUUUUUUCAGAGUAAAAUGUCGUACGGUGAAGAUGUUGGAACCUGUUGAGUGUCUUUGGCAGCCUCCAAUGCAAAAUCAACUCUUGUUGUGCUGUGAUGGAGCUUCUAGAGGUAACCCAGGGGUGGCCGGAGCUGGAGUGGUGGCUAGGAAUUCAGCUUGUGAAGUGGUGGGAGCAAUCAUUUUAAUUGGCUUAGAUUGGGAAGUUCAAUGGGGUUACAGAGAUUUUCUUGUAAGGACUGAUUCUAUGAGUGUUAUAACUGCUUUGGAAGGGGAUAAUAUACCAUGGUUUGCAAGACAGAGAUGGUAUGAAGCUAAAGUCAAGUUUGAUUCUAUUCAAUUGGUGCAUACGUUUCGUGAAGCAAAUUUUGCAGCUGAUAAGAUGGCAAAGACUGGUUGUUUUUUAGAUUCUGGAGUGAGACUCAAUUUUGUUGGGCGUCCUCUUUUAUUAAACUUAAUUGAGUAUCCUAAUGUUUCUUAUUUUCGUUUUAAAUAG